AUGGUUGGAGGAAACUGGGCAGGAGUAACUGAGUUUAUUCUCAUGGGUUUCUCUUUCCCACCUAUUGAAAUACAGUUGUUACUCUUCCUGACAUUUCUAACCAUCUACCUGGCCACUCUGAUAGGAAACAGCCUAAUUAUUUUGGUUAUCCUGGCUGACCCCACGCUGCACAGUCCCAUGUACUUCUUCCUCAGGAACUUGUCCUUUUUGGAGAUUGGCUUCAACCUAGUGGUUGUGCCCAAAAUGCUGGGAAUGCUAUUUGCCUGGUACACAACCAUUUCUUCCUCUGGGUGUGCCACACAGAUGUAUUUCUUGCUCUUCUUUGGGGUUGAGUGCUUCCUCCUGGCCUCCAUGGCAUACGACCACUUUGUAACAAUCUGCACUCCCUUGCACUACCCAGUCAUCAUGAACCAAAGGACACGUGCCAAACUGGCUGUUGCGUCCUGGUUUCCUGGCUUUCCUUUAGCUACUGUGCAGACCAUAUGGCUCUUCAGCUUUCCCUUCUGUGACACUAACAAGGUGAACCACUUCUUCUGUGACAGCCCACCUGUGCUGAGGCUGGUCUGUGGGGACACAACACUAUUUGAGGUCUAUGCAAUCGUUGGGACCAUUCUGAUCAUCAUGAUACCCUGCUUACUGAUUCUGUGUUUGUAUUUUUGCAUUGCUGCUGCCAUCCUCAAGGUUCCAUCAGCUAAAGGGAAGCAUAAAGCCUUUUCUACGUGCUCUUUUCCCCUCCUUGUUGUCUCCCUUUUCUACGUAUCUUUAAGCCUCACCUACUUCCAGCCUAAGUCCAAUAAUUCUCCUGAGAGGAAGAAGCUGCUAUCAUUGUCCUACACUAUUGUGACUCCCAUGUUGAACCCCAUCAUCUACAGAUUGAGAAUUAAUGAGGUGAGGAAUGCUCUCAGCAGGACCUUCCACAAGGCCCUAGGUCUUAGAAGUUAUAUCUCAUAG